AUGACCAGCCCCGAAACACCUAACAACUAUGACAAUAUCCAAACAUUAGACGGCAUCACACAAAUGCGUGUAAGACCGGGCAUGUGGAUUGGGGACACGUCUACCAACGAAUACAACUCUGCCCCAAUGAACAUGCUGCGUGAAGUAGUAGGCAACUCCUGUGAUGAAUUUUUGGGCGGUCACGCUACUGAAAUCGAAGUGACUCUAAAAAAAGAGCAUGACUAUAUUACUGUACGUGACAAUGGUCGCGGCAUUCCUUUUGGCUGGAACGAAAAACAAGAACGAUCGAAUCUCGAAGUAGCUUUGGGUGUUCCUAACUCAGGCGCGAAAUAUGACAAGGGUGACGGCAAGGCAUUUAAAGUAUCUAUCGGCUUAAACGGUGUAGGCACUAAAGCUGUGACGGCUCUGUCCGAAGUGUUGGUGGGUCAGUCUACUCGUGAUGGCGUAACUGCAACAUGUUCGUUCCACAAAGGAUUCAUCAAAGGAGUAACUCAAAUAGAGGAAACUCCUGACCUCAAAAACGGUACUUCAAUUACAUGGCUACUAGAUCAAUCGAUCAUCCCCUUCCAAUACCGCUCCGAACAUAUCCACCUUUAUCUCAAGCAAUGUGCGUACUUGAAUGCUGGCCUAAAGAUCACUUUCAACGACAAAGGGGAAACAACUGUAUACCACGAGCCUGAAGGUAUCUAUUCUCUACGCAAGGACUUGGUAGGAGAUUCUCAGGUACUAAUGAACUUCCCUAAACUGGAAGGCACUGACCCUGAGGGCAACUCAUAUGAAAUCGCCCUAGCUAUCUUAGCGACUAGCCAAGAAGAAUACCAAGCAUAUGUGAAUGGAGGUGCAAUUGAAGUAGCCUCUGCCCCUGUGGUAGCUAUGCGUAAAUCGCUGGCUGAUGCAUUACUACGCUAUCUCAAAGAACAGUACCCUUUAUCUAAGAGACACGAGAAAGUAAACUUCACUACCUCGGACGUCCGUUCAGGCACAAUAGGCGUGGUGAAGAUUCUACACACUGACCCUAAGUUCGAUAGCCAAACAAAGACCAAGCUGACUUCGACUGAAAUCUCGUCUUACAUCAAUCAGACACUCAAGGAAAACAUCUUCCUGCAUCUGAUUACAAAUCCUGUUCAAGCCAAUCAAAUCUGCGACCAAAUCAUCGCAAUGACUGAUGCACGACAGGCUGCUGAGAAGGCACGUGAAGCGUCUCUACAAAAAUCUAAGUCUCCACUGGCUCAGAAGAAACAAGAGAAAUUCAUCUCCUUAGACAUCUAUACUCCGCCACUGUCUGAAGACCCAUCUCAAAACAUCCUUUAUCUGUUCGAAGGCCAAUCAGCAUCAGGCUCACUGGUGGAGGCCGCGAAGGAACGUAAUCCUGUAACUGGCGAACUCUAUAAAGAGCACAUCGGCAUCUUGGCACUCAAAGGUAUCGGACUAAACUCUCUCGAAGUGUCUCUUGCUCAAUGUAUGAAGAACGUGGAGCUGUCUACACUGGUCGAAGUAACUGGUCUGUCGCUGGAAAACCCUAGUGAUCUAUCAGGCAUGAAGUACAAUGAAAUUUGGAUUGCUACGGAUGAAGAUGGAGGCGGCUACCACAUCACGACUCUGCUCCUGACUUUCUUCGUUACUCACUUCCCUGAGAAAUCACCAAGACCAAAGAGACCCAUUUCGUAUGGACCCCUGCGGAAAUGGAUGGUGAACUCGCUGCGUUAG